GGCAGCUUGCGGGCUGGCGCCGUGACUGUCCGCGCUGCCGGAACGACCCAGCGGCCUGCGCGGGCGGAAGAGACCACGAGGCGCGGGCCGGCGCUCAGAAACAGCCAGAAGUAAGGAAGGAGAGAGAUACCUGCAGCCCUGCUUCACCACUCGCAAAACUUUUCCCCCAGCAGGUGGGGAGCGGGGGCUCGAACCUGGGUCCUUGUGCACUACAAUGGCACUUUAAGGAAAAUGGCCCUAUCAGCGCGACAGAUACCCAGAUGGUUUGACUCAAUUAAAUCGAGUAACUUCAUUAAUAUUAUGCAGCUUAGAAAACGUCUGCCGAGACCCAGAAAAACAGUGUUGUGUGGCCUUUCUGCUCAGCCUCAGGUGUCCUCUGACAAUUGUUUUCUCCAGUGGGGAUUUAAAACUUACAGCACUUCCUCCUUGUGGAAUAGUUCCCAGUCUCCCACCUGUACUCGGCAGGAGAAUAAUUCUGCCCAGAGCACUCUGCUUCCUUCUGUGAUUGAACAGUCAGAGAAGACACAACAGAUACCCAGCUUUGACUCUGAACUGUCUCUGGAAGAAUUGGACGAUUUGCCUCCAUUGUCUCCGUUGCAGCCAGUAUCUGAGGAAGAGGCUAUUCGAAUUAUUGCAAACCCGCCAUUGCCCCCCGUUUCAUCCACACUGCGAGUUUAUGUGGACCAUUCUGAGACUCUGCAGAAGUUAGUGCUUCUAGGAGUGGAUUUAUCCAAGAUAGAAAAACAUCCAGAUGCAGCCAACCUCCUCCUGAGACUGGAUUUUGAAAAACACAUUAAACACAUACUCCUAUUCCUUAAAGAUUUGGGGAUAGAGGAUAACCAACUGGGAGCAUUCCUAACCAAAAAUUAUGCUAUUUUUUCUGAAGACCUUGAAAAUCUUCAGACCAGAGUGGCUUAUCUACAGUCAAAAAAUUUCAGUAAAGCAGAUAUUACACAGAUGGUCACAAAAGCACCAUUCCUGCUAAGUUUUUCAGUGGAGAGGCUGGAUAACAGACUGGGAUUUUUCCAAAAAGAACUUGAACUUAGUGUGAAGAAGACUAGAGAUCUGGUAGUCCGUCUCCCAAGGCUGCUAACUGGAAGUCUGGAACCUGUGAAAGAAAAUAUGAAGGUUUACCGACUAGAACUUGGUUUUAAAAGGAAUGAAAUUCAACAUAUGAUAACCAGAUUACCAAAGAUGUUAACUGCAAAUAAAAGGAAGCUUACUGAGACUUUCGACUUUGUGCACAAUGUGAUGAGUGUUCCCCACCACCUCAUCGUCAAGUUCCCACAGGUAUUUAACACAAGGUUGUUUAAAGUAAAAGAAAGACAUUUGUUUCUUCACUAUUUAGGCAGAGCACAGUAUGAUCCAGCAAAACCUAACUACAUCUCUUUGGACAAACUGGUAUCUGUGCCUGAUGAAAAAUUUUGUGAAGAGAUUGCCAAAGCCUCAGUUUGGGACUUUGAAAAAUUUUUAAAAACUCUUUAGUUUUGAUCAAUGUUAAAAUGUAAUGUCAAUGUAAAUAUCAAUAAAUUAAUACAUUUUAAACAAAAUUA